GAGCGGGAGGCGGGGCAAAGCCGCUGAGGUUCUGAGGGGUGGUGUGGGGCGCGAGCCCCGCGCGUCCUGCCAGUUCCAUCAUGGCGGACUCAAAUACCUCUCCACUCAAACAUUUCGUGUUGGCCAAGAAGACAAUUACUGCCAUUUUUGAAGAACUACUGAAUUUUGUUACCGAAGGAGCAAACUUUGUGGAAGAAACCCACAAAAACCCACAGCUUGAAUGCAUAGCUACCACAGACGAACUUAAAAAAAUACAGGCCUAUAAAAACAAGCUGGCCGUAAUUGGUGAAGUUUUAGCACGACGGCAUAUGAAAGUAGCUUUCUUUGGCAGAACCAGCAGUGGGAAGAGUUCUGUGAUCAACGCAAUGCUGUGGGACAAAGUGUUGCCAAGUGGCAUUGGGCACACCACUAACUGCUUUCUCAGCGUAGAAGGAACCGAUGGUGAUAAAGCUUACCUGAUGACUGAAGGCUCAGACGAAAAGAAGAGCGUUAAGACAGUCAAUCAGCUCGCCCACGCUCUCCAUAUGGAUAAAGACUUAGAAGCUGGUUGCUUAGUUCAUGUCUUUUGGCCUAAAACCAAAUGUGCUCUCUUGAGAGACGACUUGGUCUUAGUAGACAGUCCAGGUACUGAUGUCACCACAGAGCUGGACACCUGGAUUGACAAAUUCUGCCUGGAUGCCGAUGUUUUUGUUUUAGUUGCUAAUUCAGAAUCAACUCUCAUGAAUACAGAGAAACAGUUUUUCCACAAAGUGAACGAAAAACUUUCUAAACCAAACAUUUUCAUCCUGAACAACCGCUGGGAUGCUUCUGCAUCAGAACCUGAAUACAUGGAGGAUGUACGCAGACAGCACAUGGAACGUUGCCUGACUUUCUUGGUGGAUGAGCUCAGGGUUGUGGACCGUUCUGAGGCCCAAAACCGAAUUUUCUUUGUUUCAGCCAAGGAAGUUCUCAGUGCAAGGAAACACAAAGCUCAGGGCAUGCCUGAGGGAGGUGGCGCAAUCGCCGAGGGAUUUCAGAUACGGUUCCAGGAAUUCCAGCACUUUGAAAAAAUAUUUGAGGAGUGUAUCUCGCAGUCAGCUGUGAAAACCAAGUUUGAGCAGCACACUAUCAGAGCUAAACAGAUCCUCGAGACGGUGAAAAACAUUAUGGACAACAUAAAUGUGGCAGCAGCCCAUCAAAGAGUGCAUUCGAUAGAAGAACGAGAAGACCAUAAGGACAGGUUGGACUUUGUACGAAACCAGCUCAGCCUUUUAACAGAGGAGGUUAAGAAGAAAAUUAAAGAUGUUACCGAAGAAGUUGCCAACAAGGUGUCUUCUGCCAUGACUGAUGAAAUCUGUCGGCUUUCAGUUUUGGUAGAUGAGUUUAACUCUGAUUUCCAUCCGUCUCCACAAGUUUUGAAACUUUAUAAAAGUGAACUCAGCAAGCACCUAGAGGAAGGAUUGGGAAGGAACCUGGCAGACCGGUGCUCCAGCGAAGUCAACAGCUCUAUGCAUCAAUCCCAGCAAGAAAUUAUCGAAAAUCUGCAGCCCCUCUUGCCUUUGGAGGUCCAGAACAAGCUCCAUUUGCUGAUUCCAUGCCGGCAAUUUGAUCUGAGCUACGAUUUGAACUGCAACACCCUUUGCUCGGAUUUUCAAGAGGAUAUCACAUUCCGCUUCUCCCUGGGCUGGACGGCUCUUGUUAGUCGCUUCCUAGGAUCUCAACAUGCCCAUCGGGUCCUACUCACCAUGGCCGAACCGGCUCUUGCGAUUCCUAGAUCUCUUGCCUCCACUCCUUGCACUAGUGUUCCCAGUCUAACCCCGGAGAGUGCCUCGCAGGAGGAGCUCAUGAUUUCCUUGGUCACCAAUUUGGCAUCAUUGACAUCUCGGACUUCCAUGACGGUUAUCAUCCUUGGGGGUCUGGUUUGGAGAACUGUGGGCUGGAAGGUCAUCUCUCUCUCGCUGAGUAUGUAUGGGAUGUUGUAUCUGUAUGAGAAGCUUACUUGGACAGCCAAAGCCAAAGAGCGGGCAUUCAAGCAACAGUUUGUCAACUAUGCUACAGAAAAGCUGCAACAGAUCAUCAACCUCACCAGCUCCAAUUGUAGCCAUCAGGUGCAACAGGAAAUGGCCACCACGUUUGCUCGCCUCUGCCAGCAGGUUGAUAUCACAGAAACCAAACUGGAGAAGGAGAUUGAACAAUUGUCUCAAAAAAUUGCUCAGCUAGAAAAAAUCCAGAACACCUCCAAGCAUCUACGGAAGAAAGCUGUUUGUCUUGAAGAUGAAUUUGACUGUUUUUCAAAGAAUUUUCUCCAGAAAAAGAAGAGUGGAAUUUAAAAGAUUAGCACUGUUUCCCUCACAGGGAUUUAGUCACAUGAAUUUUUCCUGCUGCUUUGACUACUCGGUUUCUCCGUUGCCACCUGGCCAUUCUGAUACUUAGGCUAAUGAAUUGUGCCCAAGAACUCAGCAAGGAAGCAGUAUUUACUAUUGAUUGAAUCAUUUUGCAACUUUUCAUAAAAUGAACUAAUUUGUAUCUACUGUAGUAUAUGAAAAUUUAUUUGGAAAUGUAAAAAGAAAAGUUAUAUAAAAUAAACAAAGAGACCUGUA